AUGAAAUUCUCACACUCGCUUAAGUUCAACGUUGUACCAGAGUGGCAAGACCAUUAUGUUGCCUAUCCGACUCUCAAGAAGCAGGUUUACCAACUUGAACAAGAUCAACUCAAAUUUGUGUCCCCGCAAGAUGGACUGGUAUUAAUCGAUCAAACUAAUCAUGCCACGGUCCUGGAGUUAGUGGAUCUGGCCAAAUUUCGACAAGAGAUGGCCCAGUUGCAAAGCGAAGCUGUCGACCAUAUCUCUGGCAACGACAAAGGUUUAAAACACCGUUUAUUGUCGAAAUUCAAGCGGAAUCCCAAAAAUCUAGUCGAUUCUGACACUGAGCUGCAGCAAAACCUACUGGAACCCACUUAUGGAGAGGAAGAGAAGAAUCUGAAAACUUUAGAAGUUUCUUAUGACCUUACCCGUGCCAUGACGUUCACGUCGCAUGCCCUGGGUCUGCUGAAGGACGAUUAUCUGGAUCCCAAGCUGCCGGCUUUUGACGCGCUCAAGGUGUUCACUAAGCUGUUAUUGGAGGAAUUGAAAAAAGUACUGGAAUUUUAUGAGAUCAAAGAGGCUGAAAUCUACGAGCUGUACGAUCACUUAAUCGCUGAUUUAAGGAAAUUUAAUAUCGACGUUGAAGAAGAAUUUCGUUUUACGCAAGCUUAUCAUAAUCCUGAGAUUAAGGAAGGUCAUCAACAGUACACUGUGCGUCUGACAUUGCUGCGAACAGUGCUGAAUAAGCUGGUUUUUGACACCAUCAAUCACAUUGAUCAAGAUGUCAAUUACGACCUUGAAAAACAGCCUUUUGUCUCUGAGACCAUCGAGGACGAUGAAGAAGAUGAUGAUGACGAUGACGACGAUGAUGAGGAACCCGAUAAAAAUUCAGCUUUGUUGAGCCACAUGGACUUCAAUAUCAAGCUGCAAACCAAGAUUACUUUGAAGAAGCAACUGGCGCACCUAUUUAUUCAAUUGCUGGAACUAAAGCUGUACAUCGAGUUGAACAAAAUUGCUUUCACCAAAAUCUGCAAGAAGUUCGACAAAACUUGCAAGUACGCCAUUAAGGAAGACUUUGUGAACAACUUCUUACCUCUCAAUUGCCGAGUUUUCGGCUCUGACACUUUGGAUGAGUUAGAUCGCCGUAUUAAUGAAAUGGUCAAGGUUUAUGCUUUUUUGCUGGGUCGCCUCAAUGUGAAGACGACUGUGAGUGAUUUGGCACAGAUCAAGAAUGAGUUGAAGCUGAAUUUGCGGGAACAUAUUGUAUGGGAGCGCAACACUGUAUGGAAAGACAUGUUAUCUCUUGAAAAGCGGCUGUAUGGUUUGAGUCUUGAUGCCGACGCUACGGGUGAGAGAAUGGGAGAUGAAGGGAAGAAGUCGGGUAUGAUGUACCUUGAUGUCGACUAUAUCAACUUACCAUGUAAGGUUUUCAAAUGGGAGAGAAUAGCUUAUCCGAAGGCAUUUGUUUCUUGGCAGGUGCUCAAGUUACUUAUUACCAUUGUCACGUUUGUCAUCUUAAUCACAGUGAAAACAUUCAAUGAUCCUGUUCAGGGUCGCUGUUUAGCCGUAUUAGUGGCCUCUGCGAUGUUGUGGGCACUGGAGGCGUUGCCUCUUUAUAUCACGUCUAUGUUGGUACCACUUCUUUGCGUCACUUGUCAAAUUAUCAAAAAAACUGAUGGCUCAAACGAACCAAUGUAUGCAGCUGACGCUUCUAAAUAUAUCUUGUCGACUAUGUGGUCUUCAGUUAUUAUGAUGUUAAUGGGAGGAUUCACACUUGCUGCCGCUUUAUCGAAAUACAAUGUGGCGAAGGUUGUAUCUCUGUGGAUUUUGUUUUUUGCAGGAACCAAGCCGCACAAUGUGUUGUUAGCCAUCAUGUCGGUGUCUUUAUUUUUGGCUAUGUGGAUUUCUAAUGUGGCUGCGCCUGUUUUGUGCUACUCCUUGAUUCAGCCAGUGUUACGAACAAUACCUACAGAAGCUCCUUUCACGCAAGCUCUUGUCUUAGGGGUGGCCUUAGCUUCCAACGUUGCGGGGAUGGCUUCUCCAAUCGCUUCACCUCAAAAUGUUAUUGCGAUUUCUUACAUGAAUCCCAAUCCAGGCUGGGGUAAUUGGUUUGCUGUCGCCUUGCCUGUAUCCAUCAUCACGUUGAUUUGCAUUUGGGGAGAACUUUGCCUUACUUUCAAAAUCAAAACGAUCAAGUUACAAAAGUACACUCCCAUCAAGGACAAGUUCACUGCUAAGCAAUGGUACGUGACUCUUGUGACUAUUGCCACUAUUAUUCUUUGGUGCGUUCUUACGCAAAUCGAAUCCACUUUCGGGGAAUCUGGUAUUAUUGCAAUUAUUCCCAUGAUUCUUUUCUUCGGCACGGGUAUGUUGAAGGUUGAUGAUUUGAACAAUUUUCCCUGGGGUAUCGUUCUUCUUGCUAUGGGGGGGUUGGCAUUAGGUAAGGCUGUGACUUCCCUGGGAUUGUUGGCCACUAUCGCCACGUCGUUGCAACGUCGCAUUGAAACGUACCCAGCAAUGGUCAUUCUCAUUAUUUUCGGUGCGUUGGUGCUCGUAUUUGCUACAUUUGUGUCGCAUACAGUGGCGGCUUUAAUCAUCAUUCCGUUGGUCAAGAAAGUGGGUGAGUCAUUGCCAACACCUCACCCGGCCUUGUUGAUCAUGGGGACUGCCCUCAUUUCUUCAACUGCAAUGGGGUUGCCGACGUCAGGGUUUCCAAAUGUCACUGCUAUUUCUAUGCGCGAUGAAGUUGGUAAGCCAUAUUUAACGGUGAACACGUUCAUCACAAGAGGGGUACCAGCUUCAAUAAUUGCCUAUGUGAUCAUUUUCACUGUAGGUUACGGUAUUAUGAGUUCAUUGGGCUGGUAG